CCAAAGCCGAGUCGACACUCGAAGCAGAGGGAACGAACCCGAUGGCCGCCGCCGCGCCCACGCCAUCCCCAUUCGUCGCCUCCACCCGCCGCUUCGCCCCUCGCCUCCGCUCCCUCAUCCCCGGGGCCGCCAUGUCACCCGCCGCCUCUUCCGCCCCAAACCCCAGCUCCGGCGCCGGCGAGGAGGCGCAGGCGCAGGCGCCCCCGCUCCCGCACUCGACCCUCGAGAUCGCCGGGGCGCGGCGGGGCGUCCUCUCCGGCUUCGCCAGCCUCCGCACCCCGUACCGCGCGUUCCCCGUGCUCGCGUUGAAUCGACACGUCGAGACCAUCUUCGCCGCGUUCACGCGGUCGCUCCCCGCCGUCAAGCUGCGGCGCGAGUGCCUCCGCGGCCCCGACGACGGAGCCGUCGCGCUCGACUGGGUCGCGGGCGACGACCGCGCGCUUCCCAGGGAUGCGCCGGUGCUCGUACUCUUGCCUGGUCUAACAGGGGGGAGUGAUGAUACAUAUGUAAGGCACAUGCUUAUGACAGCUAGAAGAAAGGGAUGGCGUGUUGUGGUAUUUAAUAGCCGAGGAUGCGCAGACAGUCCUGUGACCACACCCAAGUUCUAUUCUGCUUCAUUUACUGGGGAUCUCCGCCAAGUAAUUGAUCAUGUUUUAUGCCGUUAUCCCCAAUCUAAUGUCUAUGCUGUUGGUUGGUCUCUUGGAGCAAAUAUUCUUGUGCGCUACCUUGGCGAGGAAACUGAUAAAUGCCCUUUAUCUGGUGCAGUCUCCUUGUGCAAUCCAUUUAACUUGGUAAUUGCAGAUGAAGAUUUCCACAAAGGGUUUAAUAACGUCUAUGAUAGAGCAUUGGCUAGGGCCCUGAGAACUAUAUUUAAGAAGCAUGCACUCCUUUUCGAAGAUAUUGAGGGUGAAUAUGAUAUACCCAAGGCAGCAAAUGCAAGGACUGUUAGAGACUUUGAUGAGGGGCUAACCCGAGUUUCUUUUGGUUUCAAGUCAGUAGAUGAUUAUUACUCCAAUUCAAGCAGCUCCGAUUCCAUUAAAAAUGUUUGCAUACCCUUAUUAUGCAUACAGGCGGAUAAUGACCCAAUUGCACCAUCUAGGGGAAUUCCCAGAGAAGAUAUCAAGGCAAAUCCGAAUUGCCUACUUAUAGUAACACCGAAGGGUGGCCAUCUUGGAUGGGUAGCGGGUGAUGAAGCUCCAUUCGGAUGUCCGUGGACUGAUCCGAUUGUGAUGGAAUAUCUAGAGUAUCUUCAGAGCGAAAAGAACUCAAGUACCAAAAACAACAUACCCUAUGAUCAGCAAGGUGUUUCAGAGGCAUCAGCACCCCAUCUGACCGUGCAUGUACAAACAUAGCAGCAUUUCCCUUCCCCGAAUGCUCCCACUGGCUAUGUAUCUCAUAUGCAAAUAGUUAGAUCAUUUAGCUUGCCUACUCUGCCGGCGGGAUUGGCACAUUGCUACAGAGGUAUAUACGUCCCGUAAUUCUGCUCCGAAGUUUCUGUUUUGUUGUUCUUCAUGAAUACUUUAUACCUUAGCUCUGCCUACUCUACUUGUGCAGGCCUAGAUGUCUAGUGUGUUGUUCAACAGUUGGUUCACCCAGAGUCGACGUUGAGACUCCAUUGGAGAGCAUAGAAAACUUUUGGUCCCGCUCCAUAGUGAGCAUCAUUUUCCACACAUUCCCGGUAAUAUAUCAGUAUGCAGUUCUUUUACUUCU